AUGGAUAGAAAUUACCCGGGAGCAGGGUUUGGUGAUUUGGGCGCAGGAGCCGGAUGGAGCUAUGAGAGAUCGGCCAAAGCAAGUUUGGUGUAUGGAAGCUCCAGAACAUCUCAUCCGGAAUCUGAACUUCUACAUCGCCAAGCCUAUGCCACACCCCAUCCGCUGCAGGGUUAUGCAACCAAUCACCAUCCGGCCAGCUCUGGACAGGGUGGGGCUUGGGGUGCAGCUGGAAGGAGUUUGGGUUUGUCAGGACUUUUUGAUGCCGGGCUGCACCAUGCAAGCCCCUCAGGUCCAGAUCCAUCUGUUAUGAACCUGAUCUCUGCUUUGGAAUCCAGAGGUCCACAGCCACCUCCCUCUGCUUCCUCCCUUCUCUCUCAGUUCCGCACUCCUUCUUGGCAGACUGCAAUGCACACACCUGCUCCUGCAGAGCUGUUCAUCUCUGGUGCCCUUCCUGGUUCUGGGUCCUUCCCCUCAUCCUCUGCCUUAUCAGCCUAUCAGCACCCGGCUUCAUUUUCUGGGCGCUCCUUCCCUGGGGUGACUCCAUCUCUCUCUCUUCAGGAUACACCCACAUUCAGCCCGACUUCCAAUGGAAUCCUAUCACCUCAUGAUCCUUUGCUGCACAUCAAAACACCUUCUCAAUCUAGCCUGGGUUUUGACCGCCUGCUGUCAUCUCAGGGUGCGGCUGCAGCUUACCGAGGGAGCCAUGACCCAACUGGAAGUGGUGUAACAUCUGCUCAAGCUCCCUCUGCAGCAUCAGCUUCUGCCCGCCAUCUGCAGUCUCAUCAGUUUAACUUGCUGUCCUCCCAGCUCCAGGACCAGUCUAGUCAGUUAUAUAGUGCCUCUGUCUUCUCUUCAACUCCUGCUCCACCUCAACCAACGACCCAGGAGCGGACUGUCCCACGGCAAGACAGUGUCAUUAAGCACUACCAACGACCCUCUGCUGCGCAGGCCCCCUCCUCCACUCCCCACCCCCUCCAGCAUUAUCUCAGCUGUGGGGUGUCGGGGUAUCAGCAGGCCCCUCAUCCCCGUCAUACUGGCAUUUCCUGCAGUCCAUUAGGGGAGCACAGCCCCUCCUCAGAACAUAAACCCUCUCCAAGGACAGAACAGUACCGGCCCAUCAUUCAGCCUUCCUAUGUAUCUUCCUCAUCUUCAUCAUCAGGAGGGGCUGGUAAGGGUACUAAGAGCAGCUCCAGCAGUGGCUACUCCUCUUCUGGAUCUGGGUCUUCUUCCAGGACACCUCACACUCCUCCCUCUGCAUCUUCUGCCUCAUCGUCCUCAUCAUCUUCCUCAUCCUCCUCUGCAUCUGCUGGAGCUCGUCAAUCCAACUCUAUUCCGACCUCUAGCUCUACGUCUGCAUCCUCCAGGCAGCAACAACCAUCCCAGUCUGUGCCUCCUCCACAACAAACUCACUCUCAGCCCCCUCCAAGUUCCUCCAACUCUACUCAACAGCAAACCCUGCCAAAAUCCUGUCUCUCAGGCUAUGGGUCUCCUGUAGCUCCAGUAAAAUCAUCCAGUGGUCUAACAGGCCAGACUCCUCCCCAGCAACAGCCACAGUCUUACUCCCCAAGUCAGCCCCCUCCCUCACACCUUUCUCAAUCUUAUGGGGGAUUCAGUUCUCCUCAGGGCCAUGAAGUGCCCUCAGCCAGAUCCUCUGGAGUAGGGAAGGGAUAUGGGAGUUUGGGAAACCAGUCAUUUUCAGCAGAAGUAGUUUAUGGGGCAGAUUCUGGUUUUGGGUCUCUUCCUCCCUCUCUUGGUGGAGCAGGGAGCCCCUCAAUGGGUUAUGGUGCCUCAGGACAUUCUCCUGCUCUGUUACGAUCAGGGACAAGUGGGGGGUCGGCAGGAGGGAAUAGUAGCACUGGUAGUGCAGGUACAGGAGGAGGGAGCAGUGGAGGGGGUGGUGGAGGAUCUUACCAUAUCCCAGAUUCAAGCCCAUCUCCCUCUGGCAAUUCUGGAAUUAUCCGUCCAGGACUGCAUUCUCCUGCACCCUCUCGACCAGCUCAGUCACCAGUUGGAACAGGCUCUAACAAGUAUCUGUCAUCGGUCCUCUCCCCAUCUUUUCUCCCGUCUCCACAGGGGUAUCCAGAUACUCGAGGACCACGAUCACAGCCCUACCAUCCCACUGCCCCUCCCAAAAACAAAUCUGACACCAGCAUGUUAGGGGUAACAGAGUCUCGGCCCCAGCAGGAAGAUGAGGAUGAUGAUGACUUCCUUAUUCAGCACCUCCUACAGGCCCAGAGUCCAACUCCACAGUCAUCCCACCACCAUCCCCAACAAAGUCAUCAUCCUGCACAGCCAGCACAGCAGCCUCCUGUGCCUCCACAGGAUGGGGGUAAGGGGCUUGCAUUUGAGAUGGGCAAGAGCUCAGAGGAACGAUACCACCUUCAGAGUGUAAUUCGGACCCAUAGUGCGACCUCAAAUGCUGGGGUUGCAGGACCUGGAUCAGGUGCAGGACUGGACAGUCAGCUGGAGAUGUCUCUAAAGAAACAGCAGCAUCAACCACAACAGCAACAUCAACCACAGCAGCAACAGCAACAUAAACAACAUCAACAGCAGCCACAGCAACAGAAGAGCAACAGACCUGUGGUUGAUGGAGGAGUACGCGGCACUGCAGAUCAGACUCAUUCACAUCCUCAUCAUCACCAUGACUCAUUGGGGUCAGUGGUGCAUUAUGGUCGAGGUGACCCUUACUCCCAGCACCCUGUCCCUCAACACACAUCUUCUCACCACCAACACACCCCCCACACACCAACACACCCUCAUCUUCACUCCCACCAACAUAUGGAUGUUCAGAAGAAGCAACAGGACCCAACUGAUAUGGCCUACAUUCGAAAGACUCCUGAUGUGCAGCAGCACCACCACCAUCAACAGCAACAACCACAGCAACAUCAUCAGCCACAUCAGCAACAGCAUCAACAACAGCAGCGUCCGUCUCAGUCCCAGUCGCUCAUGGACUCCCCCACAGAUCAGUCUCGCCAACCUCCUCACUUAUUGCAGUCAGUUCUAUCCCACACAACCCGCAACAAAAUGGACUCUCAGCAGCAGCAGCACUCUGUUGGCCAGCAGGCAAUGAUGGAAGCAGCUGUUGGAGUCCCAGCUACAGAGGCCCAUCCACAGCCCCAGGCAUCUCAACUACAACUGCAACUUCAGUCCCAGCCUUUAGAUGCCACCAGCCAUUAUAGCCGUGGCUCUCAGCAGCCACAGGAUCAUAGCCGAUCCAAGUCAACGACAGUUUCCUCCUUAGACAUGCUGGAUCGCUCACUCUCUCGGACUUCGAGUCAGGAGGGAGGAAUGGUAGAUGAUAGAGCUGGAAGUGGAGGAAGCAGAGGAAGUGCAGGGACAGGUGGAAGCAUUGAGAGGCACCGUUCACAAGAGCAAUCAAGACUUCCGACUCACCACCCACAGCAACAUCAUGCCUCUGAGUUACAUUCAUACCUAUCGGAGUCUGAUUUGGGCUUAUCCAACCCACCCCAUGGGCAUCAUCUUCCUGUACACCACCACCACCAGCAACAACAACCUCCACAGACUCAACAACAUCCUAAUUCCCACUCCCAUUCGCAGCAUCCCAAUACCCAAAGCCACUCGCACCACUUGCCUCCCCAGACCUCUUCCUCAGCUGCCUCACAACAAGAACCUUCUCACCCACCCCAUUCAUCUCAGAUCCCACAAGCCCAGCUUGACCAACAGCACUCAGCAGAACAUCAGUUUGAUACAAGAAGUUCUGCGGUGAAAUCAAACCAGAACCAAAAUCAGAAUCAGGCCCAGCAGAGUCAGAGGUUUGUGCCAUUAACAUCUAUUUGUUUCCCAGACUCUCUACUUCCAGAUGAAGAUCGCUCUUUCUUUCCUGGCAUGGAGGACAUGUUCUGCCCUGAGGAAUACAAACCCAGCUGUCCUGGAGCUGGUCCAGGUCAAGAUGGGGUUUCUCAAGGCCAGGGUGGACAGGAAAACAUGGAGGGCAUGAAAGCAACGGCAGGAGGUGGAGGAGAUGAGACAGGUGCUGGCUAUGAUAUGCUUGGUCCCCAUGGUGACCAAGGAUAUGGGCAGUACUGCCAUGAUCUCUCAGAACCUGACAAUGGGACCAUGCAUCUGGAUCUUGACUCACUGAAGACCCAUGAGCUCCCAUCUACAGUCAACACAGAGCAACUUGGACUGAUCCAGUCCCAGCCAUCCAGCCUUGGUAUGGGCAGUGCAGGGAACAUUGGUGAUGGAUCAGGGACCAAACUGGGAAGCACUGGAGGUACUGGAUCUGGAUCAGGGGGGCUUACAUCACCAAUUUUCUGCUCCUCUCGGCCCAAAAAGCUCCUUAAGUCAAGCUCUUUCCACUUGCUGAAGGAGAGACCUGAUCCAAAUUCUCUGCCUAAGAAGAGCUAUGCACAGGAGUACGAAUUUGAAGAUGAUGAGGAUAAGGCUGAUGUUCCUGCUGACAUCAGACUGAACAGUCGAAGACUUCCAGAUCUGAUACCAGACCUUGUGUCCAGCUGUCGGAAAUCCAGUGGAGUGGGAGGGGGCGCCUUGAGCCCACUCAUGAGUGAUAUGGACUUCGGAUAUCCCUCCCUUGGUCCUCCACCACAAUUGCUUCCCCAUGAUGGACCGAAGAAGAGAGGCAGGAAACCUACUAAACCCAAACGGGAAGGACCCCCCAGACCUCGGGGCCGUCCACGGAUACGGCCCUUACCUGAACCACACCACUCCAGGGGCAUGAUGGGAGAGUGUGGAACAGGAUUUACCCCAGAGAGAGGGAGAGGACGAGGCAGAGGCAGAGGCAGAGGGCGACGGGAGGAAUCCUACAUUGACAUGGAGAUGGCCAACAAGGAGCAAAGUCAGCUUUAUCAGCAACAUAUGCAGCAGCAACAGAUGCAUCACCAAACACAACAGCCACAGCACCAGGAGCCAAUCAAACCCAUCAAAAUUAAACUACCUACUAGCUCAAUGUCCUCCUCAGAAGCUUUGUUGCGGACAGACUCUCUAUCUGGUACUGACCCAGCCCUUUCAGACGGUUCGGUAGGGUCUGCUCCUUCAUUGGGCCUCAGCCCAGGAACUCCAGGAGGGACUGAGAUGAACAGAGCCCAGGAUAAGACCAAGCCCAAAAUCAUGGAGGGGGAGGAGAAAGAACCUGAGAAAUCUGGUUUCAUGGCAUCCUUCCUUGAUUUCUUGAAGUCUGGGAAGAAGCCACCAGGAUUAUCUGUAGGACCACCAGGUAGCUCUGGAAAUGGAGAUGCAUCUCCAGGAAAAAGUGGUGGCAUCCGUCCACUGUCUCCUCCACCACCAACUCCACCUGCAUCUUCAGCACCAUCUGGAUUUGGUGAGGGUGAAGGUGAUGGAGGGCUGUCUUUGGGUGGCUGCCCUAGCCCCUGCAAGCGUUUGGAUGAGGAACUAAAAAGAAACCUGGAGACGUUGCCAUCCUUUUCCUCAGAUGAAGAGGACUCUGUUGGGAAGAACCAAGACCUUCAGAAAAGCAUCUCCUCUGCCAUCUCUGCCCUGUAUGACACUCCUCAGCUCAGCACCUCCAUGCAGCCCCCCUCUCUGCCUCCACCCCCUCCCCCACCUCCUCCUGCACCUCUGACCCCUACACAGCAACCACCAGCUCUGAGUCCACAACCUCCCACACAUGCCCAAACUCAGCCACCAUUGCACACUCAUACACAGUCCAUUGAGCCUGCGAUGCUAGAGCGAGAAGAGCAGGAUGAAGAGGUGGAAGAACAGGAGGACGGAAAUAAGAGUAUAGAAGAAGCAAGAGAGGAGCCGGAUGAAAAUGCAGACGAUAGAGUUCCAGAGUUGGAGAUGCUGGGUGAACCCAAAGUGGGAGACUCUCCUAAAGAAACUCAAGCUGCACCAUCUACCCCUGCCCUUCCAGCUCUCUCCCCUUCAUCACCUGCUCCAUCAUCUUCACCCUCACCUCCUCCUCUUCCACCACUUCCUCUGCCCUCUCCACUUCAAGAGCCAGAGGAAAACAUAUCUUCACCAAAACCUCCUACACAACAGUCACCUCCUCCUCCUAGCCCCCUCUCUUCCUCCAUACCUGUUCUUUCACCUCCGCCUCCUCCUCCUGUAAACCUCCCUCCUCCGUCCUCUACUCCUCCACCUUCUAUCCCUCCUCCUCAACACACAGUGGCACCCCCUGCCUCUCCAGAGGAGGCCCCAGCACCUCAGAUCCUCCCCUUACACCUGGCACAGAAACAGAGUGGUGCUGCCAUCGUAGGAGAAAGUGAUGAGGAUGAGAGUGAGAGUGGAGGGGAAGGCAUCUUCAGAGAGAGGGAUGAAUUUGUUGUGCGAAUUGAGGACAUCAGAACACUGAAGUUGGCACUACAGACAGGUCGAGAGCCCCCUCCUAUCUGGCGUGUUCAGAAAGCCCUACUGCAGAAAUUCACUCCAGAGAUCAAAGAUGGACAGAGACAGUUCUGUGCCACAAGCAAUUAUCUUGGCUACUUUGGUGAUGCUAAGAAGCGCUACCAGCGGCUGUAUGUGAAGUUCUUGGAGAAUGUCAAUAAGAAAGACUAUGUGAGGGUCUGUUCCCGCAAGCCCUGGCACAGGCCCACAGUCACACUCAGACGCCACUCACAGCCUCAGUCACUCCCAAAGAUGACUCCAACCGCCAAUAAUCAAACUCCAGCUAGCAUAGACAGGGAUGACAAAGAGAGGGACAAAGAAAAAUCAAAGGAGAGAGAACAGCGUGAACCCAGAGAAAAGAACAACCUGAGAGCAAAAGAACAACGAGAGAAGGAAAAAAUGUUUAAAACAAAGGAAGAAAAGAAAGACAAAGAAAAGAAAGGGCCACCACCUCCACCACUGCAGAGGGCUGAGAAACGAUCUGCCACAUCAGAACGGACAAAGGGGAAGGAGGACAAGAGAAAUGUAGCGGGAAUGGAAAAGAGGACAGAACGGCCCCAAAAGCCCCAUUCAGUGAAGGUGAAGGCGGAACCUCCACCCAAGAAGAGGAGGAAGUGGCUGAAGGAGGUGCCCUCAGAGUCAUCAGAAUCAGACUCCUCUGCUAGCGACGAUGAGAUUUCAGUAAAAGCCACUCUUAACACUCGUGCUAUGCGGGAGAUGUACCGUAGCUAUGUUGAGAUGUUAGUCAGCACGGCCCUGGACCCAGACAUGAUCCAGGCAUUGGAGGACACUGAAGAUGAGCUGUAUCUUCCUCCGAUGCGCAAGAUUGACAGCAUCCUUAGUGAACAGAAACGGAAGCUUCUGAAGAAAGUCAAUAUGAAUCCCCAACACCAGGAGGCCCUACACACCUUUCCCCAGAUGACAGCUGAGGCUCUGGACUCAGGGGCAGUGAGGGUUCGGCUUGGAGGGGAGGGCUACAAUCGCAAAACCCUUAACCGUGUCAAAAAGAGUCUACCUAAACCACAGGACCUUAAGCUGUCAUCUGAAACAUGCAGAAUCUACAGCCUCUACCACUCUCUGCAUCAUUACAAAUACCAUACCUUCUUACAUUGUAAGAAAGAGACGGACAGUAUAGAACAGGCAUCCGAGGACCCGGGGCAGGAGGAGGUUGUUCAGCAAUGCAUGGCCAAUCAGAGCUGGCUAGAGACGCUCUUCAACUCCUUCAUUGAGCUUAUGACCCUCAGCUCCAAAGCUUGAGUAAGAAAAAAAAAAGAGUGAAAAAGAACAAAGAGAGAAGAAUGGAAGAGGGCACAUGGGACAAACUUUUUUUUUUGGCAUAGCUCCUUCCCCUCUUUUGCUCUAAAAGAGAGAUUCUAGAAACUACUCACUGAUGUGGUGGCUAUAGGAGAAUUCAAGGUGAAAACCCAGCUUUCAGCUUGUUGUCUCUGACUACAGAAUUUAUCCUCUACUUUUAAGUGAAGUUGGCAAAACCACAGACUGUGCAAUAUUGUUUUAGAUGGGGAGUUGGCUGAAGUGAGACAAAAAAAAAAUAAUAAUAAACUGCAAAAUGAGGAGACAAAAUUAGCAGAUUUCAUCUAUGUGGAUGUUACUAAACUGAAUGAAUGAAACACUUUGAAUGGACUGACUAAGCAACAGUGAGGAUUUGAUUCAGAAAGGGACACUGAACUGAAUCGUGGAGCCAUGAGUUAAGGUGAUACUGUAUGGAGUCUAGAUACUGUGCAGAAUCUUUAGACUUUUGAGUCGUUCGAUUCGUAGUACUUGGAGUAACUGACACGAUGAAUUUCUUGCGGAUGGUGGUAGAAUGGAGUCUGUUACUAUUUGAAUUUUACACAAACUAU